AUGGCAACUAGUAUUACAGCAAAGCAUGGACUUUUAACAACCAAAAAUUGUUUCCACAGAAAGAUAUUUCCAAAUUCCAUAUGUUUACAGCGACCAACAGAGAUAAAAUGUUUGAGAGCAUCAACAAAUUCGACAGGUCAACACAACGAAAAAUACUGUAUAGAUAUUGUAAGGUCGAGAGACUAUGAUGGUUUUGUGUGCUCUUUGCUUCUGCCCGAAUCAGCUCGCCGGUCAUCCCUGGCACUGAGAGCUUUUAAUGUGGAACUGGCCCAGGUGAAAGACUCUGUCUCUCAGAAGACCAUUGGUUUGAUGCGCAUGCAGUUCUGGAAGACAGCGGUGGAGGAUAUCUACAGAGACGAUCCACCAGCUCAGCCUGUCGCAGCAGAGCUAUGGAGGGCUUUUCGGAAGCACACUUUGACAAAAAGGUGGAUGUUGAGAAUAAUUGCUGAAAGAGAGAAAGACAUGGAGGACAGAGCCUACAGAAAUUUGCAAGAGCUAGAGUCCUAUGCUGAGAAUACCCAGUCCUCUUUGCUCUACCUUUUAUUAGAGACUCUGGGAGUGAAAGAUGUUCAUGCGGACCAUGCUGCCAGUCACAUUGGCAAGGCUCAGGGGAUUGUGACGUGCUUACGAGCGACUCCUUACCACAGCCGCAGACGCAAGGUCUAUCUGCCCAUGGACAUCUGCAUGUUGCAUGGGGCCUCUCAGGAGGAUUUCAUUCGAGGAAGCCGGGAACAGAACGUUCGGGAUGUGAUCUAUGACAUCGCCAGUCAAGCACACGUUCACCUGCAACACGCAAGAUCAUUCAGCAAGAACGUUCCAGAUGCUUCAACCCCUGCCUUCCUGCAAACUGUGGUUCUGGAGGACUACCUUCAGAGAAUUAGGAAAGUGGACUUUGAUGUAUUCCACCCUAGUCUCCAGAACAGGAACCCACUGCUGCCCAUUCAGCUGUACAUCCGCUCGUGGAAGAAGACCUAUUGAUGUUUUCAGUCUGUUUUUCAUGGACCGUAACUAAACAGUUCAGAUAGCGUACAGAGCACAAAAGCACUGGUUUAGUAUAGUGUAAUAAAUCUUGUUGUCAGGUGAUCCUUUUUCUCCCCGUUCAUCAGUCUCGAGAGCGACGAGAAAAGAAUCUGCUCAAUAAGAAUGUGUCAUACACAUUUGGACAGAGAAAUGUGUUUCCUUUGUGGAGGAAGUCUGUAUUUGUCCUUGAACAUGAUAAUGAAACCCAAUUCAAUUCAGAAAGGAGAUGCUCAAAUAGCAUUAAUGCACUUCAGCCUCUAC